AUGCUGCUGCGGGUGCGCUCGGCGGUGGGGCACCUGGUGGCCGGGCUGGGCCCCGGGGCGGGCGCGCAGCCCCCGGCCGAGCCCCGGCGCGGCGGCGGCGGCGGCGGAGCGGGGACCGGCGGCGGCGGCGGUGGCGGUGGCGGUGGUGGCAGCGGGGGGGCAGCGGCGUUGUUUUGCCGGCCGGCCUUCCUGCAGCUGACGCCCGAGGAGCUGCGCCGGGCCGACGACCACACGGGCAGGGCCGUGCAGAGCCCCCGCGACGGCCGCCGCCGCCUGCCCUGGAGCACGGGCUACGCCGAGGUGAUAAAUGCGGGGAAGAGCCAGCACAACGAGGACCAGGCGUGCUGCGAGGUGGUGUUUGUGGAGAGGAGGCCGAGCCCCAGGGGCCGCCAACCCUCCGGGGAUGGCAGCGGGGAGCUGGAUGGGGGCAGGAAGGGAUUUUAUUUCCACUACUGGGCUUUGUUUGAUGGCCACGCGGGCAGUGGCGCUGCCGUCAUGGCAUCCAAAAGGCUCCACCUGCACAUCUGCGAGCAGCUGCGGGACCUGGUGGACAUCCUGCAGGACCCCUCCCCGCCUCCCAUCUGCCUCCCCAGGGCGCCCCUCACAGAGGACAACGGAGAGGUCCCCAGCGAUGCCCUGCCACGCUUUCACCUGGAGAAAGCAGUGUCUCAUGAGAGCCUGGUGAUCGGUGCCAUCGAGAACGCCUUCAAGCACAUGGACGACCAGAUCGAGCAGGAGCGGGCAUCCCAGAGCAUCUCCGGGGGCUGCUGUGCCCUGGCCGCCGUCUACCUCAUGGGCAAGUUCUACGUGGCCAACGCUGGUGACAGCAGGGCCAUUAUCAUCCGUAACGGGGAAAUCAUUCCAAUGUCCAGGGAGUUUACUCCAGAGACAGAGAGGCAGAGGCUGCAGUUUUUAGCGUUCCUGAGGCCUGAGCUGCUGGGGAAGGAGUUCACGCACCUCGAGUUCCCCCGCAGGAUCCAGCCCAAGGAGCUGGGGAAGAAGAUGCUGUACAGAGACCAAAACAUGAACGGCUGGGCUUACAAAAAGAUCGAGGAGGACGACCUGAAGUUUCCACUGAUCUAUGGGGAAGGCAAAAAGGCUCGGGUGAUGGCCACAAUCGGGGUCACGCGUGGCCUGGGAGACCACGACCUGAAGGUGUUCAGCUCCAACAUCCACAUCAAGCCCUUCCUGUCCUGCUUCCCGGAGGUGAGGGUUUACGACCUCACGCAGUACGAGCACUGCCCUGACGACGUCCUGGUCUUGGGCACCGACGGGCUCUGGGAUGUCACCAAUGACGAGGAGGUGGCCAGCGUGGUGAUGGAGGUGCUGACGAGCUACGAGCCCAAUGACCCGUGCAGGUACACGAUGGUGGCCCAGGAGCUGGUGGUGCGCUCCAGGGGGGUCCUGAAGGAGCGGGGCUGGCGGCUGCCCAACGACAGGCUGGGCUCCGGCGAUGACAUCUCCGUCUUCGUGAUCCCCCUGGGGGGCCCAGGGAACUACACGUGAUGCCCCAUGACCCGGGGCACAGGGGCUCACGCUGCCCGCAUGGACUGCGAGCAGGACCCGGCGCUUCCUCGGGGCACCUCUCCCUUCAGCGCUUGUUUCCUGAGCUGCCCACAAGGAGAAACUUGAAGCCUGCAGCCCCCCCAGCCCCUGCCCAGAGCCCCCCUCACCUGCUGCAUCCCAGCACCCUGCAGAGAUGGAAGGGCCGUGGACAGAGCAGGGAUGGGGCUUGGGGGAUGUUUUUCGUGCUGCCACUUUCUUGAUUGCUGUGAAGAGCCCAAAUGCUCCUUGGCUUCUCAGCACGUGCUUGGUGCCUCGCCCUGGCCCAGAGGUGCUGGUUACAGCCGUGGGGCUGGGAGGCCGAGCACUCCUGCCUGGUGAGCCCUGUGCUUGCUGCUGCAGUCACCUCCUGCCCCCUGCCCUGUGAAGUUUGCACCACGGACACUGAAGCUGCUGCCGCUGGGCUGGGUGCUGCGUCCGGAUGGCUGUGGCCUGGAGGGGAGCCCUGCUGGCAGCUGGAACCAUACCCAGCCCCGAGCAGCCCACCUGGGGGUGCUGGGGUAAGGGGUGAGCCCCACAGCUGAUGCCCCAGCCUUGUGCUUGCCCCCUUGGGCUCCUCUGGGCACUUGGUCUCGGAGGACGUGGCAGCGCUCGGUGCCCUGCGGCGCACGGCGAGCACCUGGCAGGACGGGAGCUGUUGCACUUGCACGUGUCUGCCAGCCCCUGGCUGUGCCACGGGCUCUGCCCACCACAUCUCUUCAUGCCUUGGAUCACUGCUGUGUUUCUAGAGCCAAUUAUUUAUUGUUAACCGUAGAGCUGAGCUGGGAAGCGUCUGAGUUAUUUCCCGGUACGGGGUGGUAGGAAUACAGGUCUGUGUUUCUGAGCGGUUCUAAUUUGGCCACUGCUGAGCAGCAGUUGCAGAGCAGCCCCGUUCAGCCAAGCUUAACAGCUUAAACACGCUGCAUGGAUCUGCUUAGCUGAGGGCUGGGAACCCACAAUAAAAGCAGCUUGGUUGUCACUGGGGGAAAAAAAAGGAAAAAGAAAAGGCAGCUCGGUCCUUUUCCUUCGUCUCAGACCGGUGCUGAGCAGAGCUGUAGCAGCAGUUUUCUCUCCGUGGUAUUUUGUUCUGCACCCUGCACACCUCUGACCUGCACCUCCGCGGAGUGUCACAUCCCAGCACAACGCCAGGGCUGCUGUUGUGGGGUGGUGGGGGGCAGCCAGACCCCAGCCCUCGCUUUGGAAGGCGCCGUGGCCCCAGCAGUUGGUGUGCUGCUGGCACUGGGUGCGGCCAGCUCUCGUCGGGUGUCACCUCUGGUGAGUGUUUGUCCCUUGUAAUCAGUGAGAUGUAAAUAAACUGGGUGCACUCAGUGGCAGUGAAAGCCAUCCAGCGAGGGUUUUAACCUGUUGAUGUUUUUGUGCUGAAGGGGGCAGGGGGAGAUGCUGGGACUGGAGCAGCUGCCCUGGCCUGGCACUGUUUAAAUAAAGGUGCCACUCGCAAUCCCA